ACGGACGGCUUUUCCCUGGCUGGGUCUGGGCGGCUGGGCUUGGACGGCCGUGGAGGCGCUCAGCUGCACCAUGUUCCUGCACUCAGUCAACCUCUGGAACCUGACGUUCUAUGUCUUCAUGGUGCUUCUGGCCACCCUGGGGCUGUGGGAUGUCUUCUUCGACUUCGAGGAGAACAAGUGCAGCAUGAGCUACAUGUUUGAGUACCCCGAGUACCAGAAAAUCGAACUGCCGAAGAAGCUGACAAAACGCUAUCCAUCCUACGAGCUCUAUCUGUAUGGAGAAGGGUCGUACGCCGAAGAGCACAAAGUCCUCCCUUUGACAGGAAUUCCUGUUCUCUUCCUUCCUGGUAAUGCUGGCAGCUACAAGCAAGUCCGCUCCAUCGGCUCCAUUGCGCUGAGAAAAGCGGAGGACAUUGACUUCAAGUACCACUUCGACUUCUUCAGUGUGAACUUCAACGAGGAGCUGGUGGCACUGUACGGCGGGAGUCUUCAGAAGCAGACCAAGUUCGUGCAUGAAUGCAUCAAAACAAUCCUCAAACUGUACAAGGGUCAAGAAUUUGCUCCCACAAGUGUGACAAUCAUUGGUCAUUCUAUGGGUGGCCUCGUUGCCAGAGCAUUGCUUACGCUGAAAAACUUUAAGCAAGAUCUGAUCAAUCUUCUGGUCACCCAGGCCACCCCUCACGUGGCCCCCGUGAUGCCCUUAGACCGUUUCAUCACGGAGUUCUAUAUGACUGUAAACAACUAUUGGAUUUUAAAUGCUCGGCAUAUAAAUCUGACUACGCUUUCCAUAGCUGGAGGAUUCCGGGAUUACCAAGUUCGUUCAGGACUGACUUUUCUGCCAAAAUUAAGCCAUCAGACCAGUGCCUUAUCUGUCGUGAGCUCAGCAGUGCCUAAGACCUGGGUCUCCACAGACCAUCUCUCCAUCGUGUGGUGUAAGCAGUUACAGUUGACCACAAUCCGAGCCUUCUUCGAUCUCAUCGAUGCCGAUACCAAGCAAAUAACUCAGAAACCUAAGAAGAAGUUGUCGGUGUUGAAUCACCACUUCAUAAGACACCCAGCGAAGCAGUUUGAGGAAAAGCCAUCCAUAAUUUCUGACCUCACAGGGUCACCCACGUGGGUUCCAGUGAAAGCAGCCAAAUGGUCCUACGUGGCUCAUAAUAACUCUGAUAAGAUUUAUUUUGCAUUUCCUCUCGCGAAUCACAGGAAGAGCCACACUCAUGCCUACUGCCAGAGUACCAUGUUGGACACAAAUAGUUGGAUUUUUGGCUGUAUAAACAGCACAUCCAUGUGCCGGCAAGGGGUUGAUUUAUCAUGGAAAGCUGAACUGCUGCCAACAAUCAAGUCUCUGAUGCUAAGGCUCCAAGACUACCCGUUUCUGUCUCAUAUUGUUAUCUACGUCCCGCCUGUCCACGGAAGCAAGUUUUUCAUAGACUGUGAAUUCUUUAAAAAAGAAACAAGAUCCAUAAAGCUUCCUGUAACUCAUCUUUUUUCUUUCGGAUUGUCUUCAAGGAAGGUGAUAUUAAACCUGAGUGGCCUUUACUACAAUAUAGAGCUUCUGAACUUUGGACAGAUAUACCAAGCUUUUAAAGUCAACGUGGUGAGCAAGUGCCCCAGAGGCAAAAAAGAAAUAACCAGUAUCUAUAAGCUUCAUAUUCCCUGGUCUUAUGAAGAUUCUCUAACCAUCGCACAGGUUCCAUCUUCCACAGAAAUUUCUCUAAAACUUCACGUUGCUCAGCCAGAAAACGACAGCCAUGUGGCGUUGUUAAAAAUGUACACGUCACCAAGCUGUCAAUAUGAGGUGACAAUUAAGACUUCCUUUCCACAAAUACUUGGACAGGUAGUUAGAUUUCACGGUGGAGCUUUUCCCGCCUACGUGGUGUCUAGCAUCCUGCUUGCUUAUGGAGGACAGUUAUAUUCUCUCUUCUCAACAGGUUAUUGCUUAGAAUACGCAACCAUAUUGGAUAAAGAAGCAAAACCAUACAAAGUGGACCCUUUUGUGAUUAUGAUAAAGUUUUUGUUGGGGUAUAAAUGGUUUAAGGAGUUAUGGGAUACGCUGUCACUACCGGAAUUAGAGGCCAUCGUUCUAACCAGUCAGAGUAUGUGUUUCCCUCUGGUGUCCUUGAUUCUCUUUCUGCUCGGAACGUGCACCGCGUACUGGAGUGGUCUACUCUCUUCCGCGUCUGUGCAGCUCCUUUCGUCGCUGUGGCUAGCUCUCAAAAGGCCUGCUGAGCUUCCCAAAGAUGCCAAGGCGAUGCCCUCGAACUUGCCUGUCUUGACAGUUGUCUUUCUCAUAGUAAGCUGGACCACCUGUGGUGCCCUCGCCAUCCUGCUGUCUUACCUGUACUAUGUGUUUAAGGUCGUUCAUCUGCAAGCCAGCCUAACGACGUUUAGAAACAGCCAGCCAGUGAAUCCCAAGCACUCGAGAAGAAGUGAGAAAAAGUCCAACCACUACAAAGACUCGUCAGUGCAGAGUCUCCGCCUGUCUGCACAGGAUGCUGAGGACAGUCUGCGCAUGCACAGCACCGUGAUUAACCUGCUGACCUGGGUGGUGCUGCUCAGCCUGCCCUCGCUGAUCUACUGGCUGAAGAACCUUAGGUAUUAUUUUAAACUUAAUCCCGACCCGUGCAAACCCCUGGCGUUUCUUCUUAUUCCGGCUAUAGCGAUUCUUGGAAACAGUCACACAGUUUCAGUAAAGUCCAGUAAGGUACUGAGGACGGCCUCACAGUUUCCGUUUCCCCUGGCCGUGGGCGUGAUCGCUUUCGGCUCCUCCCACUUAUACAGGGUCCCGAAUUUCGUCAUCAUCCCGCUUCUGUACCAUGCGAUAUGCAACUUCCUGUAAGACCCGGGCUGAGAGGACGGUAAAAGCGCUUUUAUGCCUCGAGGACUGGGUGAUGCCCGCGAGCGCAGCCCCACCAGCCGGCACAGCGAGGUCCUUCGGAGAAGACGCGUCUAUUUUUACAGUAUUGGAAAUAGGAAAUUAGUUUUGUAACGCGUGAGGAAAGUCGUCCGAGCAUGGUUUCAUUUCGUGACGUAGCGUCUGUGUUCUCGUCGCGCCUGAGGAAUGAGCGAGGGGGACUCGUGUACAUACCAACUAGCUUUCAUCAGCCAUGCUGGGAACCUUCUAGAGACUUAGUAGAUGUGGUGGUGUUUGUAGUCUCCUGUGGAACUUCUGGCUUCAUCAGACUUUAUUUGAAAAGUGGGUUUUAUGUUCGCUAUAACUGACAUAUUCAGAAUAGGUCUUAAAAGGUUAAAAGUCACAGCUGUUUCGCGGAAGUGAGACAGUCGUGAAGGAGGCUUUGGUCAGUUUUUGGCAACCCUGGGGAGCCAAGUUCUGUCUGUCUUCUUACAUCUAUGAAAAACAGCCUCAAAAGGAGACUUUUUUGUUAGCUAUUAGACUUCAGAUUCAAAGCAGUGACUUUUCUUGAGCCUUUAAAUACGAAUCUUACUGUGCAUUCUUGGUGAAUAUUAAAAGCCAGAAGGAGAUCUACCGAGAGGUCUAUUAUCAAAAGACUUUUCUGGUGGGCACCACAUUGGCAUAUUGAGUUUCUACUCCUGGUUAAGUCAGUGCCCAUGGUUGCCAAAAGUGCCUCUGGUAAUGAUAGGGUAUUAAAAUAGCUACAUUCCAGAGUUGAAAUAACUUGGGAUUUGCAUCAUCUCUGGUCUCCUGGGAAGGAGAGAUAUCAACACAAGUAGAGUAUUGCCCUUGAUAGGGAAACAGUAGGCAGCCAUUGCUCCGUGGUACUGAGAAAGUGAGCCCUGCCUGAGUCGGCUUCCACCCUGCCAUUGCUCAGUUAACAGUGGAACCCUGGCAGAGUUCACUCCCCGGGACUACCGUUUGGCCAGAGAGGGUAACAUUUUAUUUCAUUUCCAAUUCUUGUUUGUUCUUAGCUACACAAAAACAGAAAGGUGGGGAGCUUGCUGUCUGCCUUCUGUUAGGAGAAACUAUCUGAGGAAGUCCGGGUUCACAGAGCCCUUCACCUCAAUGUGUGUUCUGUAAAUGCCCAAAGCCUCUCCAAUGAAGUCCUCGCGUGUCGGUGAGUUCCUGGGUGGACCUGUGAGCUCAUGCACUUCUUAGUCCCAGGAUGGCACUUCAGGAACCAGUCCCGUUUUAUCAGCUCUUGCACCGGGUACUGCAUCGGUACCGCACCGGGUACCACAACGUCUCAGCAACCACUGCCAGCCAGAAGGCUCCUCCCACGCCAGUCGCUUUGGCAACUGGCCUCAUUUUUGCCUGGGAGUUACUCCUUGGGUCCUUCCUGUUUCAGCAUUAGUCAGAGGGUGAUGGUAUUACCACAGGGGUUCGUUAGUUUAUGUGACUCCGUUGCUGUCUUGCCUGGCAUCAUGCUUGCUAGGUAUUCAUAGUCUUACUAAGACUCCGAAAGGAAAGCAGUAACUCCAGUUACAUUAGAUGUGGCGGAUGUCUUAGUCUCUUGUUUCAGAAAUGUAUCAAACAGAAUAAACUGCACCAUCGUGUUCAUUCAGUAUCUGAGAGUGAGCUCAUCAGAUCAUACAGUUUUCUCACAGCAUAACACACACACACACACACACACACACACACAUAAAUAGGAACAUAGCUGCUUCAAUUUUGCCAGGUCUGGGCAGCCUCUGUAUCUGUGUUCUUUCACACUGUCAGUGAUAUUACAGACGUCUCAACAUAAUGGAAGCUGAGUACUUUGACUUUCUGAAUUUGGACGUGCAUCUACAAAAUCUUUACAGAAAUCUGGUGUUAGAGACCUUUUUACAGCCUUUAUUAUUUGUGAUAUAAUAGCAUCUCCGUGGUUAGCCAGCACUACUAAGUAAGAUGUAGCAAGUUUGAGUUCUUACUCAAGAGUGGUACAUUUGUUAUCAAAGCACACUAAUUCUUACCUAGAAUGUUCUUUGUCUGAAAGUAUUUAUUCCCAAGCCCCCAAGUCUUAUUUAUGCCAGCAAAAUAUUUCAGAGAGUCAUGGUCUGGGUCUCUGGUUUUUGUCACUCUACACGAUCACACAGGAACAUACAAGGACAUGCUUUGACAGAAUCUUCUUCCAGAUACACACUCACACAUGAACAUACAAGGACAUGUUUUUACAGUCUUCUUCCAGAUAGAUACACACACAUGAACAUACAAGGACAUGCUUGACAGAAUCAAGUAUUUAGACAUAGGUAGCUAGGUAGACUAUCUGAUCGUGAAAACUGCUGUCCCAAAAGAAAAGGGAUUUACUUUAUCUCAGCAUCUCUUGCCUUUUCCUAUCAUGUUUACGUGUGUUUUAUCACCAUAGUUCCAACACCAAUGUCACUUGAAUUGGCAGUUAAGUUAGAGAUUAAUACAUCAAAUUUUGAGUUCCACUGUUGUGGUUUCUUUUUUAGGAAAUUGAGUUUUUUAGUAAGUGUUGUGCUUAUUAAACAACUGGAUUUUUGCUAGUAAAUAGAUUGGGCAUACUUGAGGCUGUUAAGAACAUUGAGUACUCAUUGAGUUAGUGCUAUUAUAAUUUAGACCUAGUAAUUUUUAAAAAAGAUUCUCGUGUGUGUGUGUGUGUGUGUGUGUAUACACACCUGUGUGUGCAAUUGCUCACUGUGGCCAGAAGAGGGCAGUGUAUCCCCUACUGCUGGCACUAGAGGUGGUUGUGAGUUGCUGGACAGAGAUGCUAGGAACCAAACUCAAAUCCUCCAGAACAGCAGCUCUCUUCACCCAUAUGUCCCUCCAGCUCCGGGACCUGAUAAAUCUGAUAGAAAUUAUUAUUGCAGUUGUGUGUGUAUAUACAUGAGCACACCAGGGACUGAGUCCAGGGCCUGUGUUUCCUAAGUACUUUUCUCUACCAUUGAAGAACCCACAGCUAGUCUGGAUUCAUUUCAUGCCGAAAUUAAAUACAUUCUAUUCCUUUCUUGGUUACCAUGUAUUGAAAACUUUCAGAACUGUGAUUCUAAAGACACCGUUUAUGCUGGGUUAACACUCAUCUUUGAGGCUGCCUAAUAUGUAUUGAUUAGUCUUUUUAAUUCCUUUUAUAUUAUAGUUACAUAAUUUCAGCUGUCUAUAAAGGAUAGUUUAGUUGUUGUCUUCUUGAGACAAGGUUUCUUUGGUAGUCUUGGCUGUCCUAGAACUAGCACUGUAGCCUUGAAUUCACAGAGACCCGCCUGCCUCUGCCUCCCGAGGACUGGGAUUAAAGGCAUGUGCCACCACCGCCCAGCAAAGGGAUAGCUUUUAUUGAGUGAACUAUAAGAUAUUAUAUACAGUGAGGAAAGAGAAAGGAAAAACUCCAGGAGGCCGGCCUGCUGCACAGUUGCUACUGCAUUGCCGUGUGUACGACACGACACAUUUCCACAGUGCUCACAAUUUGGUACAAGGCAGACCGUCUUACCUACCGCGAAGUCUCUGUACUUUAAAGAAAACUCUUUAGAGUUCUCACGUUGUGACGUGUCCAUUUCACCGUGCUCCUUAGCACCUCUGGUGGGAGACGGCGGAGGGAAAUCAAGGGACGCAGAACUCGGUUCUCAGGAGCUCCCGCAGGCUGCCGGAGGGAGGUGGGACACAGACCUGGAGAGAUGGAUGACUCAGACAGUGAAGUGCCUGCUGUUUGGACACGAGGACCCGAGAGCAAAUCCCCAGAACCCGCAGGAGGAACUGGCUGACCAAUGUGUGUCUAGAAUCCCAGGUCUGAGUGGCGGAGACGGAUAGAUCUUGCUGCUUGCUGGCUGGCCAGCCUGCCUACCCAAACUGGCCUGCUUUGAGCUCAGUAGAAAGACCCUGCCUCAAAAAUUAAGGUGGAGAGUCAUUGAGGAAGACUCCCAGCAUUAACCUUUGUUGUCCCCUGUGCCUCCCCCCCCCCCCCCCCCGCACCUCUCUCUGCACAUACACAGACAUGUACACACACGAAAACAAAACAUUUAAGAGGCGGGGACCCACAAGUACCGUGAGGUAAGCUAGGGCUGCUGGUUCUGGAAUCAUGGAGUCAUCAGUUGGCCUGUAUUUCUCUCCUCAGACGUCAGGUCUGAAUUAAUGCAUGGCCUUGUGUUUUUCAGGUUGAUGUAGGAUUUUAGGAUGUUGCCCUUUGACAUUUAGGAAGUGGUCUUAAAAAAAAUAAUCAUGGGGCUGGAGAGAUGACUCAGCGGUUAAGAGCAUCGCCUGCUCUUCCAAAGGUCCUGAGUUCAAUUCCCAGCAACCGCAUGGUGGCUCACAACCAUCUGUAAUGAGGUCUGGCGCCCUCUUCUGGCAUGCAGACAGAAUACUGAGACUACUGUGUAAAUAAUAAAUCUUAAAAUCAUUUGGGAAAACUCCAUCAGUAGGAUGAGGCUUUGGGUAGCUGGUUGGUUUUCAUCUGUGUGGACAGUUUGUGAGUUUGGAUAUCGUAGAACAGAGUUUGUGAAGUUUAUCGAGGGUCACACACAAUCCAUCUGGGGAGAAUGACACUUGGCAGGAAUAAAGGGAGCAAGGGAAACUUCUGUGUUUGCGACAUUAGUUCCUGCCAGGAAAGCAGAUGAAGAAAAUAUAGUACUCACUCUAACCGUAAGGUUGAGAGCUGGAAUUUUAUCAUCGCCAUCCUUUUGAACAAGAAACAUAAUUCCGUGAUUCUCUAUUCUUUCAAUAUGAGGCUUGCUGAGGCGUGGGGAAAUAAGAAAACCCCGGGGACCUCACGUUCCCAACUUUUCAUAGGACUGUGGGAAAUGGGAGUCAGAGCAGUUCAAAGAUGCACCAUAAAUGCAUAAACGUCAUUUUUACAACACGUGGUGAAUAAAGAAAAGCAGAAUUGUACGUGGUUGUAACCUCAUUUGAGGAUGGAAUAGACUGUGGAGGUGGAAACAGGCCUGCUGUUACUGUUAGCACUAGGGACGUAACCGCGGCCAGGUCAUGGUGUGCUUCACGGCUGCCAGGGUCUGAGCCACAGCUUCGUCAAACCGUCUGUGACCAGUAAUUAUAAACCAAGAACCGUUUUCUUCACGUGUUCGGCAUGGUAUGCUGCCCAAACUCACCUGAAGCCCGAGGAAACCAGUCCAUUUCUGACGACUUUGUGUAAAAUUGGUAUGUUGUGUCAGAAACAACCUAUAAUCCUUCUGGACAUGGUCAGUUUGAACACCAGUGAGAAACUCUUUAUCUGUUGCUGUUUGAUCCGUUAGUGUAAAGUUAUCUAUAAUCUUCAUCUCGGAAACCUACAGGGAGCUGUUUUGGGAACUUCAUGUGCUCUUUCAAAAGUUCUUUUGAUUUUUAGUGUUCGUAAGGUACCAAUGUGACUGUGGCAAGUUUAUAGAUCUGUGUAUCCCUACUGACUGCUCCAGAGCCUAGUGGCCGGUGUGUUUGUAAUUCAUGUGGUUUGUGCUGUUUCAUUUUGGACUGUUUACAUCCUUUUAUUAGGAAAAUAAAGAUGCAUUUGAAUUCUUUUUAGCAUAAUCUGCAUUGGAAUCUGUAAGUAUCCCCGUGGUUAGCAGAACGUACUUUGCCACCAAAGCUAAAUGAAACUGUAAAAUACCUCUGGAUAUGUGUGUCAAGGAACUUUUCUUAGGAUAUUGGGGUUAAAACAAGAGUCGUCUUUUCCAGUAUUUUUCACCUAGACUUACAAUAAAUGUGUACAUCAUGAAAACGUACGCCACACUAUUUUUUCUUUGAAGCUGUUCAGAACUUUAGAAUGGUGUGCUCUCUUUUUGUCUGCUUUCCUGAUAUUGUUGGGUAGACACUGAAUUCGCUGGGUAGUCUUUCAGCAGUUAAUUGAAGUCAUCCGAAUCAUCUGGCUGUGGUCUUUGUGCUGCGAAAAGUGAAUUUUGUACAGUCCAUUUUUUUUUUUUUUUGGUCUAGGCCUCCCCUUUAUAUACCUGAAAGCUUGCCCUGCGGGCUCUCUUUUGUUUUCUAUUUCUGUUCAGUCCCAAGUGUUUGUCCGCUAGACCCUAACAGUCCUUCGAAGCAAACCUUUGGGCAGGUACACCUUGUACCAAACACUGGGGAAAGCCAGACACUGACAUCAUUUGGUCUUGGUGGAGUAACAGUUAUCUAACUGUUGGGGCCUGUGGAUAGAAAAGUGGUUUAUGAGAGUUGGCUACAGGGUGCGUGUGCCCUCUGGAAGGGGUUUGUCCUCUCUGUGCCAUGGCCUUGGCCUAGGUACGAGACGCCUGUCCUUAACAUAAGCAGACUCUGUGUGUGGAGAAACAGGUGUUUGUCAGAAUUCUCAUGCAAGUCUCCCCCUCCCCGAUGUGUGGUUGGGAGAGAGAUCUUCAUUUUUCAUUGUGUAUAAACUAGGAAGUUGUGUUGCAUACUUACAUAUUUUUUUAAAGAUGGGAACUGAGGUGGUAUCGUUGUGAAGCGAUACUAUGGUUUCUUCAACCUAGGACUAACUGUAAAUGUAGCAACGUACCCAAGAUAAACCAGACCAAAACUGAAUAUAUGUCAUCACUGUGACCUUGAACUUAUUUGGGAUAAAACAGACUGUGCCUUAAAAAAAUGACGAAGCAACGCCCUGAGAUUUUGUAUCUCGAUAUUUCACUGUGGGCGGCCUUCUCAAAUUCAUCUCAAAUCCUUUUCUUUCAAGUGGCUGAAAUUAUAAGUCUUCAGUAUAGAUUGGCCUACACCUCCUUUAGGGUCCGCACAGCCGUUAUUCUUGAGACCCCCCUUUAAUUUCCAGAGCUGCUUUUUGUUGUUUGAUUUUUUAAAAAAAAAUGAUUUAGUCUUAAUAUAUCUGGGAAAUUAGGUUUGGCUGCAGUUUCUGGGAGAAAUGUUUUAAGGGAUUGUCACGGCCCUCCUGUUUCUAAACUUACUGAAUAUAUAAAAAUUAAUCAUUGAAAUGUAUUUUUGUCUUAUUGGUAAUGAUCUUAUCAAAUAUGUGAGUUCCUUCUAAGACUUGUGCCCCGUGUUGUGGCAGAUUGAGACUUGUGUUUAUUUUCUCAAGGAAGGGGUAUGAACCCAGUAAUGAUUUUGC